AUGAAAGACUACGUAAGCAAUCCGCUGCAGUGCUCCCGGAGGCUCCUUCGACCGCUUGCCUUCCUAGGUUACCUGCAAAGCAAUCUCCUAGCCCAACCGGCAGCCAAAGCCAGACGAGCCACCACCAGUCCUUUGCCCAGUACGGAGAACAAAACCCAGAAAGAACAGCCAACACGGAGGGAUUCCAGCCAACUCUGUCCAGUGGGAACCUGUGCAAGCAGCCCCACCGGCAGCGUUCUCAUCAUUCACCAGCAUGUAGGCCGUCUAGUCAAUGCCGGAAACAGCACACUGCAUGGUCGGUACAGUCUGGAGGGUCCUUUUCUCGCGGUGGUGGUUAUUGGCAGCAUUUUUCUGGUGAUGACUAUCAUCUUCAUUCUGGUGAGCCUGGUCUUUCUGAAGAAACAGAACAAGGUGUUUUCCCUGCGCGCAGACAGCUCUGGUGAUGUACUGAGUCACGCCAGCCGAGCCCGGCACAUCGAGGAGGCGGUAGUUAUGAGUGAGGGCUACUCACUCAGUGACAGUUUCGAUGACAUCUCGGAGGAAUCCAUGACCGUUGAAUUGCCACCGGAGGAGGAGGAAAAUGCACCCGGCCAGGUAAUCAUUGCCAACAACAAUACCACGAAUAGACACGUAAACUUCUGCAGUUUGCAUUCUGUCAACUCCGGACGUCAAGGACAGUCCAUUGCUCUACCGGAGUUUACUGCUACAUUUGUCAAUUCUGGUACUUUGCAGAACUUUGAGGUCUGA